AUGCCGGUUCCCACCCCCCUCCGGGGCUCUUACUGUCGCCUUCCAUGUGCUCUGUUUGCACUGCCUUCAGGCCAAAGCCCGUGGGAUCCAGUCCCACGACUGCGUCUGGUCCCCGACCAGUUCAAAGUGUGGGUACUGCACGUCGCAGCACUCGCCUUGCGUCCCGCUGCCCUGGUUCCUUGGGGAAGAAUUUGCGGCCCUCCUGGCCACCCAGAGCGUGACCUCUACGAGGAGGCACGCGCCACUCGGGCUGCCCUCGAGUUGGGGCUGGCCCAAAUUCGGUCGUCGCUGCGCCGUCUCCGGACGGAACAGGAGAGCGUUCCUGCUCUCUUGGGGGAGUUGGUGGCUGCUGUGGGCAAACUGCCCACCGCUGCCGCUCCCGCGGUCGCUCCGACUCAGGGUGAUGGAAGGAGGGAGGGGGAGGAUGGGGAAGUUGGGGCGGCCUAUGGGGCCUAG